GGUAAGAAGCGGAUUGUUACCGAGGACGCACUGAGCUGUCAGAGAUAACGCUGCUCAGCCUGCUCUCACCUGGACUUUCGCUAGCAUGGACUUAACCGAGGAUAGCGCAGCGGAAAUGAUCCUGUGCUGACCCACUUCUUCUCUCUGCCUCUGACGCCUUUCUUUUGAACCUCUGACAGGUUUCGUCCACCCUGAGCAACCAUGUCGGACAAGAUGUCCAGUUUCCUCCAUAUUGGGGACAUUUGUUCCCUGUAUGCAGAGGGUUCCACCAGUGGAUUUAUCAGCACUUUAGGGCUUGUGGAUGACCGUUGUGUGGUACAACCAGACACAGGUGACCUCAACAACCCACCCAAGAAAUUCAGAGACUGCCUUUUCAAAUUGUGUCCUAUGAACAGAUAUUCGGCACAGAAACAGUUCUGGAAGGCGGCAAAACCUGGAGGAAACAGCACCACUGACACAGUCCUCCUGAACAAACUCCACCACGCUGCUGACCUGGAGAAGAAGCAGAAUGAGUCUGAAAACCGCAAACUGCUGGGAACAGUCAUCCAGUAUGGAAAUGUCAUUCAGUUGCUGCACUUGAAAAGCAAUAAAUACUUGACGGUGAACAAGCGCCUACCCGCUCUGCUGGAGAAGAACGCCAUGAGAGUGACUCUGGACUCUGCGGGAAACGAGGGAUCCUGGUUCUACAUCCAACCCUUCUACAAGCUCCGGUCCCUGGGAGACAGUGUGGUGAUUGGAGAUAAAGUGGUUCUUAACCCAGUGAAUGCCGGACAGCCUCUACAUGCCAGCAGCCACCAGCUCGUGGACAACCCAGGAUGCAAUGAGGUUAAUUCUGUAAAUUGCAACACGAGCUGGAAAGUUGUUCUGUUCAUGAAAUGGAGCGACAACAAGGAAACAAUACUUAAAGGGGGUGAUGUGGUGCGGUUGUUCCACGCAGAGCAGGAGAAAUUUCUCACAUGUGACGAUCACAGGAAGAAGCAGUAUGUUUUUCUCAGAACCACCGGCCGGCAGUCUGCCACCUCUGCCACCAGCAGCAAAGCGUUGUGGGAAGUAGAGGUGGUCCACCAUGACCCAUGCAGGGGAGGUGCAGGCUACUGGAACAGCUUGUUCAGGUUUAAACACUUGGCCACUGGAUGUUAUUUAGCUGCUGAGAUGGGCGAGGUGAACCAAGACUUUGAGGAGGAGAAUGCUGAGCAGCGCUCCUCUGUGGUGGACUUUACACCCUUUAAUUUCCAGCUGGAUGCUGAUAAUGAAGCGCUGCGAGGUCGUCUGCGAGCUCCACAGGAGAAGAUCAUGUACACGCUGGUGCCGGUUCCCGAUGGCAUGGAUAUCUCCUCCAUCUUUGAACUGGAUCCCACCACACUGAGAGGGGGGGACUCCAUGGUACCCAGGAGCUCAUACGUGAGGCUAAGACACCUGUGCACCAACACGUGGGUCCACAGCACCAACAACCCCAUCGACAAAGAGGAGGAGAAACCUGUCAUGUUACAGAUUGGAACUUCAGGAGUAAAAGAAGACAAGGAAGCUUUCGCCAUUGUACCUGUGCCGCCAGCUGAAGUGCGGGAUUUGGAUUUUGCUAACGAUGCAAGUAAAGUGUUGGCAUCUAUUGCUGGCAAACUGGAAAAGGGAACUAUAACACAAAAUGAAAGAAGGUUUGUGACCAAACUUCUUGAAGAUCUAGUUUUCUUCGUCGUGGACAUCCCCAACAGUGGGCAGGAUGUUCUGGACAUCAUGGUCAACAAACCCAACAGAGAAAGACAGAAACUCAUGAGAGAGCAGAAUAUCCUUAAGCAGAUUUUCAAACUCCUCCAAGCCCCUUUCACAGAUAGUGGUGAUGGUCCCAUGCUCCGAUUAGAAGAACUCGGAGACCAGCGGCACGCUCCUUUUAGACAUAUUUGCAGGCUUUGCUACAGAGUCUUACGCCAUUCUCAGCAGGAUUACAGGAAGAACCAGGAAUAUAUAGCCAAACAAUUCCGCUUCAUGCAGAAGCAGAUAGGUUAUGAUGUGUUGGCUGAGGACACCAUAACGGCUCUUCUCCACAACAACCGGAAGCUGCUGGAGAAACACAUCACCGCCGCUGAGAUAGACACAUUUGUCACCCUGGUGAGGAAGAACCAGGAGCCAAGGUUUCUAGAUUACCUGUCUGAUCUCUGCGUGUCCAUGAAUAAGUCCAUCCCCGUGACCCAGGAGCUCAUCUGCAAUGCAGUGCUGGACCCCACCAACGCUGACAUCCUCAUCGAGACCAAAUUGGUCCUGUCGAGGUUCGAGAUCGAGAUGACGACAAACGGGGAGAGCCCGAUGGAGGCAGAGGAUGAAGAGGAGGUGUGGCUGUUUUGGAAAGACAACUGCAAGGAGAUCCGGAGCAAGAGCAUCAGGGAGUUGGCCCAGGAUGCAAAGGAGGGCCAGAAGGAGGAUCAGGAGGUGGUCAGCUACUACAGGUGUCAGCUGAACCUCUUUGCCCGCAUGUGUCUGGACCGUCAGUACCUGGCCAUCAACAAAAUCUCAGGACAACUGGAUGUGGAUUUGAUUCUGCGCUGCAUGUCCGAUGAGGACCUGCCCUACGACCUGCGGGCAUCAUUCUGCCGCCUCAUGCUGCACAUGCACGUGGACCGCGACCCUCAGGAGCAGGUCACACCUGUCAAAUAUGCUCGACUUUGGUCUGAGAUUCCUUCCAAAAUCGCCAUCGAUGACUAUGACAACGAUGGAACCACCAGAGACGAGAUCAAAGAGCGUUUCUGCCUAACGAUGGAUUUUGUGGAGAACUACCUGAGAGAGGUGGUGUCGCAGAACAUUCCUUUCUCUGACAAAGAGAAAAACAAGCUCACCUUCGAGGUAGUGAACCUGGCGAGGAACCUCAUAUACUUUGGUUUCUACAACUUCAGCGACCUGCUUCGCUUGACUAAGAUCUUACUGAACAUUUUAGACUGUGUGCACGUCAGCACCAUUUACCCCAUCAACAAGAUGGAGAAGGGAGAGGAAAACAAAGCUGGCAGCAAUGUGAUGAAGUCUAUCCAUGGAGUGGGGGAGCUGAUGACCCAGGUGGUGCUGCGAGGAGGCGGCUUGUUGCCGACAACGCCAACUCAUCAGCCGGAGGGAGACGUGGUCAAAACCCAGACUGAACCUGAGAGAGAAGACAUCAUGGUCAUGGACACGAAGCUCAAGAUCAUUGAGAUUCUACAGUUCAUUUUGAAUGUGCGGUUAGAUUAUAGAAUCUCCUGCCUGCUCUGUAUAUUCAAACGUGAGUUUGAUGAGAACAACCCACAAGGAGACAACACUGCCAGUCAGAACGGAACCAAUCACAUCACAGGUUCCAUGCCAGGAAAUCUUGACUUUGAGAACAUUGAGGAACAGGCAGAGGGGAUCUUUGGAGGAAGUGAGGAGAACACUCCACUAGACCUGGAUGACCACGGUGGUCGUACCUUCCUCAGGGUCCUGCUGCACCUGACCAUGCAUGACUACCCCCCUCUCGUGUCUGGAGCACUCCACCUGCUCUUCAGACACUUCAGCCAGAGGCAGGAGGUUCUAAUGGCUUUCAAACAAGUCCAGCUGCUGGUAACAAGUCAGGACGUGGACAACUACAAGCAGAUCAAGUCGGAUCUGGACCAGCUGCGCUCUAUCGUGGAGAAAUCUGAGCUGUGGGUGUACAAGAGGCAGGGAGAGGAUGGGAUGGAUGGAGAUGGACCUUCAGAGUCUGAAAACAAAAAGAAGGGAGAUUCACCCGGUUCUGACAAAAAGAAGACAGAAAGCACCAGCAGCUACAACUACAGGGUUGUAAAAGAGAUCCUGCUGCGCCUCAGUAAGCUGUGUGUCCAGGAGGGGAGCUCGGGGAGGAAGAGUAAGAAGCAGCAGCAGAGGCUGCUGAGGAACAUGGGAGCUCACAGUGUGGUACUUGAGCUCCUGCAGAUCCCAUAUGAGAAGGGCGAGGACGUCCGAAUGCAGGAGAUCAUGAAAACAGCUCAUGAGUUUCUGCAGAACUUCUGUGCAGGGAAUCAGCAGAACCAGACUCUUCUCCACAAACAUAUCAACUUGUUUCUUAACCCAGGGAUUUUGGAGGCAGUGACCAUGCAGCACAUCUUCAUGAACAACUUCCAGCUUUGCAGUGAGAUCAAUGAGCGCGUGGUUCAACACUUUGUCCACUGCACUGAGAGUCAUGGCCGUCACGUCCAGUAUCUGAAGUUCCUGCAGACCAUAGUGAAGGCCGAGAACAAGUUCAUCAAGAAGUGUCAGGAUAUUGUCAUGGCUGAGCUGGUGAACUCAGGCGAGGACGUUCUGGUCUUCUACAACGACCGCGCCUCCUUUCAAACACUCGUCCAGAUGAUGCGCUCAGAGCGGGACCGCAUGGAUGAAAACAGCCCGCUGAUGUACCACAUCCACCUGGUGGAGCUGCUGGCCGUCUGCACUGAGGGCAAGAACGUCUACACUGAGAUCAAGUGCAACUCCCUGCUGCCCCUGGAUGACAUUGUGCGGGUGGUCACCCAUGAAGACUGCAUCCCUGAAAUUAAAAUCGCCUACAUCAACUUCCUCAACCACUGCUACGUUGACACAGAGGUGGAGAUGAAGGAGAUUUACACGUCCAACCAUAUGUGGAAACUGUUUGAGAACUUCCUGGUGGACAUUUGCAGGGUGUGCAACAACACCAGUGACAGGAAGCAUGCGGACACCAUGCUGGAGCGUUACGUAACCGAGAUGGUCAUGAGCAUUGUCACAUGUUUCUUCAGCUCUCCUUUCUCCGACCAGAGCACAAGCCUGCAGAUGGCUCGCUACGUGUAUGCCACCAUUCUUGGAAAGAUAUCUGAGACUCGUCAGCCAGUGUUUGUACAGUUGCUUCAGGGAGUGUUCAGGGUUUACCACUGUAACUGGCUGAACCCUGUCCAGAAGGCCUCAGUGGAGGCUUGCAUUAAAGUUCUCUCAGACGUGGCUAAAAGCAGAGCCAUUGCUAUCCCAGUUGACCUGGACAGUCAGGUGAACAACUUGUUUGUCAAGUCCAAUAAUGUCGUACAGAAGAGCAUCCUCAACUGGAGGCUGUCGGCCAAGAACACAUCGAGACGAGACUCAGGCGUCACCACCUCCAAAGACUACAGAAACAUCAUAGAGAGGCUGCAGCUGAUUGCCUUUGAUGAUGAGAUGGAUGUGGCUGAGCUGGCCCCUCCACCCGAGCCCGAUGUCCCUGCCGAGGAGCUUGAUCCCACCCAGCCUCAGAAGCAACUGGAGGAUCAGAGGAGGGGAGAAGCUCUGCGGCAGAUCCUGGUGAAUCGAUACUAUGGGAAUGUCAAACCCGGCCAGAGGAGAGAAAGCCUCACAACCUUCAGCCACGGUCCGCUCGCCUCCGCAGCACAGGGAAAAUCCCCGACAGUUGUCAGCCCCGGGGUCGGAGGUCGUGGGGACCUGAGCUUGGCAGAGGUGCAGUGCCAUCUGGACAAAGAGGGGGCGUCUGAUCUCGUCAUUGACUUAAUCAUGAACGCCACCAGCGACCGGAUUUUCCAGGAGAGCAUACUGUUAGCCAUCGCUCUGCUGGAGGGUGGAAACACUGUCAUCCAGCGGUCACUCUACCAUCGUCUGACAGGUGACAACAAGUCAGAGAAAUUCUUUAAGGUCUUUUAUGAGCGCAUGAAGUUGGCGCAGCAGGAAAUCAAAGCUACCGUGACGGUCAACACCAGUGACCUGGGCAGCAAGAAAAAGGACGAGGAGCCGCCAGACAAAGAUGUGCCAACACGCAAGAAAGUCAAAGAUGUACUGGUGGUGGCCGUGGUGACUGAGGAGGUGAAGGAGCAGCUGGUGGAGGCCUCCGCCGUCACCAAGAAGGCCUUCACGACUUACCGCCGUGAGGCCGAAGCCGAAGAGCACCAGGCUGCUGCAGAAGGCACGCCUGUCCCGCCUGCCGACAAAGGCCAGGAGGAGGGGGAGAUGAGCGUCAUCAUCACCAUCAUGCAGCCCAUCCUGCGCCUAAUGCAGCUGCUCUGUGAAAACCACAACAGAGAUCUGCAGAACUUUCUGCGCAACCAGAACAACAAGAACAACUAUAACCUGGUGUGCGAGACACUGCAGUUCCUGGACUGUAUUUGCGGCAGCACGACGGGAGGACUGGGGCUGCUGGGACUUUACAUCAACGAGAAGAACGUCGGCCUCAUCAACCAGACUGUGGAGAGCUUGACCGAGUACUGCCAAGGUCCCUGUCAUGAGAACCAGAACUGCAUCGCCACUCAUGAGUGCAACGGCAUCGACAUCAUCAUUGCUCUCAUCCUGAAUGACAUCAACCCCCUCGGCAAGAAGAGGAUGGAUCUGGUGCUGGAACUCAAAAAUAAUGCUUCCAAGCUUCUCCUUGCAAUCAUGGAGAGUCGCCAUGACAGCGAGAAUGCCGAGAGGAUCCUGUACAACAUGAGGCCUAAAGAGCUGGUGGAGGUGAUAAAAAAAGCCUACAUGCAGGGAGAGAUCGAGGUGGAGGAGCCGCAGGAGGGUGAGGAUGGCGAGGAGGAGCACUCUGCAUCCCCACGGAAUGUCGGCCACAAUAUCUACAUCUUGGCACAUCAAUUAGCUCGUCACAACAAGGAGCUGCAGGCCAUGUUGAAGCCGGGGGGGACGUACGGAGAGGGCGAUGAGGCCCUCGAGUUCUACGCCAAACACACGGCUCAGAUCGAGAUCGUGCGACUCGAUCGCACCAUGGAGCAGAUCGUCUUUCCCGUCCCCAACAUCUGCGAGUUCCUCACCCAAGAGUCUAAGCUGCGUGUCUACUACACCACUGAGCGGGACGAGCAGGGCAGCAAGAUCAAUGACUUCUUCCUGCGCUCCGAGGACCUGUUCAAUGAGAUGAACUGGCAGAAGAAGCUGCGAGGUACUCAAGAGGCCACUGGUAACACGAACACGGUUCCCUCCCAGCCCAUCUUGUACUGGUGCUCCAGGAACAUGUCUUUCUGGAGCAGCAUCUCCUUCAACCUGGCUGUGCUCAUGAACCUGCUCGUGGCUUUCUUCUACCCUCUGGAGGGCAUUCACAGAGGAACCCUGGAGCCACAUCUGUCGGCCCUGCUGUGGAUGGCCAUGCUGGUGUCUCUGGCUAUAGUCAUCAUAUUACCUCAGCCUCACGGCAUCCGGGCGCUCAUCGCCUCCACCAUUCUGCGCUUGAUCUUCUCUGUCGGCCUGGAGCCCACUUUGCUCCUGCUGGGUGGUUUCAAUUUAUGUAAUAAGGUCAUCUUCCUGAUGAGCUUCGUUGGGAACCGGGGAACCUUCACACGAGGUUACAGAGCCAUGAUCAUGGAUGUGGAGUUCCUGUACCACCUCCUCUACCUGAUCAUCUGCAGCCUGGGGGUCUUCUACCAUGUCUUCUUUUACAGCUUGCUGCUCUUUGACCUGGUUUACCGAGAAGAGACCUUGCUGAACGUAAUAAAGAGCGUGACCCGCAACGGCCGAUCCAUUGUCUUGACAGCCGUGCUGGCUCUCAUCCUCGUCUACCUCUUCUCCAUUGUGGGUUACAUCUUCUUCAAAGACGACUUCAUUUUGGCUGUCGACAGAAUACCCAACAAAACACUGGAGCAUGGAGCCAGUAUGGUGGGAGAGUUCUUUUCAGGUGGAGUGUGUCAGAAAGAAAACAGAGAAAACUGCUCAGAGGCCAUGGAUGCUUCCAUUGCCAUCCAGCCGUCAGCAGUGGUCAUCGAGGACAAGGAGCGAUCGUGUGACUCCUUACUCAUGUGCAUUGUCACAGUAUUGAGUCACGGCCUCAGGAGUGGAGGAGGUGUCGGAGACGUCCUGCGGAAGCCGUCCAAAGAGGAACCUCUUUUUGCAGCCAGAGUGAUCUACGAUCUGCUCUUCUUCUUCAUGGUCAUCAUCAUCGUCCUCAACCUCAUCUUCGGUGUCAUCAUCGACACGUUUGCUGACCUGAGGAGCGAGAAGCAGAAGAAAGAGGAGAUCCUGAAGACGACGUGUUUUAUCUGCGGUUUGGAGAGAGACAAGUUUGACAAUAAAACCGUCACCUUUGAAGAGCACAUCAAAGUUGAGCACAACAUGUGGCACUACCUGUUCUUCAUCGUCCUGGUGAAGGUCAAAGAUUCGACGGAGUACACUGGCCCGGAGAGCUAUGUGGCAGAAAUGAUCAGGGAUCACAACUUGGACUGGUUCCCACGGAUGCGGGCCAUGUCCUUGGUCAGCAGCGAUGCAGACGGGGAGCAGAAUGAGAUCAGGAACCUGCAGGAGAAGCUGGAGUCCACCAUGAAACUGGUGUCCAACCUGUCGGGCCAGUUGACGGAGCUCAAAGAGCAGAUGACUGAACAAAGGAAGCAGAAGCAGCGGAUCGGCUUGUUGGGGCACCCUCAGCACAUGAACGUCAACCCCCAGCAGCCUGCGUAAGGUCGACUGACACACCUUGGAAGCAGCUCGCCAUCGACUGUGUGUCUCAGCCACUCGGAGGCACGUACGCUGUACUGAGUGUGAGUUUAACGUAUAACGGUAGGGAACCACUGUAACGCAUAGGUAGACAUAAGGCGAUGUGUAGCUCCGUCCCACACACGUGUUACUAAGCGGAGUAACAUUCACCCACCUCGUUCUGCUCAGUCCAGUCGCACUUUGUGCCAAACGUUUUCUGUGUAGAAAUAAAUCGAGAUUCCUCAACACAUGGCCUUUAACUUGAAACAUGAUGGAGCUGACUGGACAGGAGGAAUCACACCCAUUUCUUUGUAAUUUUAUUUGAAUGUUUUCUAUUUAUAUUUCAUAAUUAGCAGUAUUUCAUGUCUUAUUUUUGUACGUUUUUGUGCAAUAUAUUAACUUAAAUAUGCAACCUCGCUGGUGUGUGGAUUUAAGUUCCAUCAGUCAUUUCUUACUUCAGGCGUGGGCCAACAUUUUUGUUUGUACUUUACUGUCACUGGAUAAAGUAGCGAGUUGUCAGUUGUCUUUACUUAAAUAUAGAGAAAAUAUUGAAUAAGCUGGCCUUCUCAAUUUUACUUUUUUCUUUCUUGAAAAUGUGCAUACUUCUGGAGUGUCACCUGCACUCGAUAGUAAAUUGUGUGAGAGCAAUAUAUACAGAUAGUUUCCGCAAAUCCAGUGGUGUCACUUCUCUGUGCAAAUUAAAUAGAUUUACUUUCUUAUUUAAUUGACAUUUAGAAUAUUUGACUAGUCUGUCAGAUAUCGUGUCACUCAUGCAUUUAUAAUUUCCUCAGGAGUUGCGCAUAUUUUACUUUAAAUAACAUAACUAGCGCCAUUUCUCACUUGUGCCUGCCGUCCCUCAUUUAAAGUCUGAUUCAUGCUUGUGCAGUCUCUAACUUUUAUGCUCAUGUUCACUAAUAUGUAUUAGUUGAUUUAGAAGUCCCGUUUUUUUUUGGGACUACUGUGUGUACAUAAAGUUUGUUGCUUACUUUUGCUUUUGUAUAGAAAAAUGAGAUGGAGAUAAACAACUGUUGCUCAAAAUUAAUGUUAACAUGAAUUAAAAAUGUAAGCACUGUCAAUUUGUAUAUUAAAGUAGGAUUAUUUAUUAAAAUUGAUGUAAUUAUCCUUUACUCAUUGUGAUGUCUGUUUAUUAUAUGAAAUUGUCCAUAUAUAGUAAAAUCAUUAUGCUCUUCGUUUAAAAAUGUAUUUAUUUACAACCAUUCAGUGAUCAGUGGGUGCAACAUGAGUCAUACUGGUGUUGUAGAAUUAUCAUAAGCCAGUGAAAUGAAUUGGAAUACUGUAAAUAUCCCGAAUAGGAUAUAUACGUAUAUCAAUGUAUAUUUACAAUUUACAUUUACAAUUUUUGGCCAAUAAUAUCAGCAGAUAUGAGCCAUUCACAGACAUAUCGGUUCCAGCAUUUUUGUUUGCCAAUAUGAAAACUUUUAUUUCACAAAAUAAACAAUGUCAACAGAUGUGUGUUUAUGUUUAUAUUUUAUGUAAAAAAAAUCUUAAUUUAAGUUUUAGAUUUGGUUGUACUUGUGUUUUCUUUUUAUGUAUAAUUAUUUAAAGUGGAGUCU